UUUAUUUCCUACAUGACUUGAACGCAGCUUCGGUUAGCUCUGCUACAACAAUGGCCACUAUCUGUCAGAUUUGGAGACCGGACCGAGGACGAUGCUUUAAAACCUACGGAAUUGUCAUCGUUUUGUUUAUGGACCUGGUCUUACAAUGUGUUAACGGUUACCUGAGCUCUCCUCAUGUUGGCCAGGAGCCUUCCUACACCAGGGAUGCCCCGCAAGAACCUGUCAUCACCAGCCCAGUGGUGCCUGCUGCAGCCUCAGAGUCCCCUGCAGAUGAAGAGAGCUACACUUCCAGGUGUCCUAGCGGGGGUUUGUGUCGGCGCCUGCCAGCUGAUUGCUUGCACUGCAAUUAUCAACACAACUGCACCUACAGGAAACCGACUUCCUUCACUUGUACCAAAAAAGGAGUUCACUGCAUAGUGGAGUCGGGACAGCAGCAAGCCAACUUCUCUCUCUCCAUCACCUGUCAGUUCUGCUGGCAGCUGGACCCGUCCCAGUACCGCUGCAAAAACUCUACCAACUGUAUGACAGUGUCCUGCCCACGCAAGCGCUACAACGCCACCUGUGACGUGUUAGACCAUGUACAUUGUUUAGGUAAAAGACAUUUUCAGAAGCGUUUAUUUUGUAACUGGACUGGUGGAUACAAAUGGUCAACGGCCUUAGCACUCAGGUAAACCUGCCACUAGUGUCACACGAGUUAAGACCAGCUGAGGCCACGUUCAGACUGC